AUGUUGGUCAUUUGCACAAUUGAUCACCAUCAAGGCAUCCCAACACCAAAUACUUCACACAAGGGGUAUGCAGUUCUUGGUGCUGGCUUCACUGGGUUGUCUGUAGCUUGGCAUUUGCUCAAUGGCACAGAGUGCUGGAAAGAGAGUUUAAAUCUUCUUAAUGUUGCUGAGGGUGCACUAUUUAAACUAGUAAACAGGGCAAAACAAGACUCUCCCCCGAACAGUGAUCCUUCCAUAGUCAAGAAGAGAAUAGAGUUCAUCCAUGAGGAUGCUUGCUGCUCAAAGUCUUGUGCCUGUAUUUUUGUACCAUUGAACGAGACAUUUUAUAUGCCUGAAGCCCUGAGUAUUAAUUCUCAAUGCUAUCUUGAGGCACUGUACUUAGCAUGUGUAAAUUUAGCAGAAGGCAAGUCCAAGGUGCGUGUUGCACGGAAAGAACUGUCUUUGCACAUGAAAUCUGCUGAGAGCAACUUAGAACUAGCAUGGUAUCCUCCAUAUGAUUUCUUUGUUUGCGUAAUCACAAGGGCUGUUAUAGACGCUGAAUGUGGUGGCGGAGCUUGGAAGUGGAGGCCGGCAAAGACGGCGGCAGGAGUGAAGAUGGAGACUUUGAUUAGCAACGACUGGUUAAUGUUAGAGAAGGCGUUCUUGAAACAGCCCAAGGUUUUCCUUUGCUCGAAGAAGACAGGAAAGGGAAAGAGGCCAGGAAAUGGAGGCAACCGAUACUGGAAAAGCGUUGGGCUAGGAUUCAAGACUCCUCGCGAGGCUAUUGAAGGCACAUAUAUCGACAAGAAAUGUCCCUUCACAGGCGAUGUGUCCAUCAGAGGUCAUAUUGUUUCUGGGACAUGCCACAGUGCCAAGAUGAUGAGAACAAUCAUUGUUCGUCGUAACUACUUGCAUUGGAUUAGGAAGUACCGGAGGUCUUUAUCUUCUUUUCUGUCAUAG